GAAACGACGGCGUUUACCUCUCUCCUGCUUUACAUUCUCUCUCUCUCCCCCCUGCUUCAAUGGAGGGUUUUACGUAGGUUUAACCCCAAAUAAACUCGAAACAAACGAAAGCUCUUCAACUCACCACCAUGAGAAAACUCUGGAAUUCGCUGUCUCUCCUCGCUCGUCGGAGAUCAACUUUUUCCUUCUCCAAAUCGUAUUCUUCCGAUGCACCCUUCAACCGCUGCACCAAAACCCACGGUUUACUCAUCAGACCCAACAACAAAUUUGCGACCACCCCAUUUCGAAACAUGGAAACCCUCGUCCAGAAAUCCUCUCCAAUCCCCUCGAGGCAGCGAAAAAUCAUGGAAAAAUCGCAGCUUGACGAAGCUUUCGAGUCCGCAGAAACCACCGAGGAAAUGCUCAAAGUCUUCAGCAACAUGGAAGGGGUUUUCGACGAGAGAGAACUUGGUUUGGCUUCUUUAAAAAUUGGCCUUAAACUUGACCAUGAAGGUGAGGACCCUGAGAAAGCUCUUUCCUUUGCUAACAGAGCUUUGAAAGCUUUGGAAAAAGAUAACAACAACAACAACUUUCCUUCUUCUUUGCCUGUUGCCAUGUGUUUGCAGCUGUUGGGGUCUGUUAGUUUUAGCUUGAAAAGGUUUAGUGAUAGUUUAGGGUACCUUAAUAGGGCUAAUAGGGUGUUGGGUAGGUUGCAGGAUGAGGGUGGUGUUAGUGUUGAUGAUGUUAGGCCUGUGCUGCAUGCUGUGCAGCUUGAGUUGUCCAAUGUUAAGAACGCCGUGGGGAGAAGGGAGGAGGCUCUUGAGAAUCUUAGGAAGUGUUUGGAGAUCAAGGAGAUGACUUUUGAGGAGGAUAGUGGGGAGUUGGGUAAGGGGAACCGCGACUUGGCCGAGGCUUACGUUGCGGUUUUGAACUUCAAGGAGGCGCUGCCGUAUUGCUUGAAGGCGUUGGAGAUUCAUAUGAAGCGGUUGGGGAUGAACUCAGUGGAGGUUGCGCAUGACAGGAAGCUUCUUGGGAUUGUGUAUAGCGGGUUGGAGGAGCAUGAGAAGGCGCUGGAGCAGAAUGUUUUGGCGCAGAGGAUUUUGAAGAACUGGAAUCUUAAUGCGGAUUUGUUGCGUGCUGAGAUUGAUGCUGCAAAUAUGAUGAUUGCUCUAGGGAGGUAUGACGAGGCUGUUGGUACUUUGAAGGGUGUUGUGCAGCAGACAGAGAAGGAUAGUGAGACUCAGGCGCUUGUGCUUGUGUCGAUGGCGAAAGCAUUGUGUAAUCAGGAGAAGUUUGUGGACUGCAAAAGAUGUUUGGAGGUUUCUCUUGGGAUUCUUGACAAAAGGGAACGGAUUUGCCCAGUAGAAGUUGCUGAGGCAUACUCGGAGAUAUCAAUGCAGUAUGAAACCAUGAAUGAGUUUGAAACUGCGAUUUCGUUGCUGAAGAGGACACUAGCUUUGCUUGAGAAGCAGCCACAAGAGCAGCACUCGGAAGGAAGUGUUUCUGCAAGAAUAGGUUGGUUACUGUUGUUGACUGGUAAGGUGCAGCAGGCUAUUCCUUAUUUGGAAAGUGCUGCUGAAAGAUUGAAAGAUAGCUUUGGUCCCAAGCAUUUUGGAGUGGGUUAUAUCUACAACAAUUUGGGGGCAGCAUAUUUGGAGUUGGAUAGACCCCAGUCAGCAGCUCAAAUGUUUGCAGUAGCUAAGGAUAUCAUGGAUACAUCUCUUGGUCCACAUCAUGCAGAUACAAUUGAAGCAUGUCAAAACCUUUCAAAGGCUUAUGGCGAGAUGGGAAGCUAUGUCCUUGCCAUUGAAUUUCAACAGCAAGUUGUUGAUGCUUGGGAAAGCCAUGGAGCUAGUGCAGAAGAUGAACUUAGAGAAGGCCAACGACUUCUUGACCAAUUAAAGAAAAAGGCCCGUGACGCCUCUGCAAAUGAGCUUCAUAUGAAGGCUUUGCCAAAUGAACUUCCUAUGAAGGCUUUGCCCUUACCACAUAAAUCCUGAACAGUUUUGUAGACUUUCCCUUUCACAUUGCCAUUGCAUAUUGCAAUGAAUAUCUACGACUUUGGUGAUUGUUUGACAGUUUUGAGGCUUCCUUACAGAUUUAUGUGGGUGACUACUGAAAUUAAGUAGUACUUAUAUCCCAUAUCCCAAUCAUAUAGUUAUUUUGGAUUUGUCAUUAUAUUAUUCAGAUUUUAUUUUUAAAAAAAUUCUAAAUCUGUACUCAGUUGUUUGUCAUUAAUAAUAUGGAAUUUCCUCUUCAAAUAA